UUGUCUCCUCCGGCGGAUGGUGAGGGAUGGCGGAGGUAGACCUCCCGUCCAGCGGAGCGGAGCCGCCCGGCGGGGCCUCCUCCUCCUCCUCCUCCUCCUCGGCCUUCCCCUACGAGGAGUUCGAGUGUAAAAUCUGCUACAACUACUUCGACCUUGACCGGCGCGCGCCCAAGAUCCUGGAGUGUCUGCACACGUUCUGCGAGGAGUGCCUGACCACGCUGCACCUCCGGGAGGAGCGGCCGUGGCGCAUCAGCUGCCCGCUCUGCCGCCACCGGACCCCGGUGCCGGACUACCGCGUCCAGAACCUGCCCAACAACACCAAGGUGACGGAGGACUUCCCGCUCUACAUCGACUCGGACCCGCUGCCGCAGGACGCGCUGCCGCCGCACCCCCCGCCGCUGCACCCGGCGCUGGUGGCGCUCCGCCGGGAGGAGGCGUCCAGCGGCGGCGGCCAGGCCACCCCCUCCACCACCGUGUCCACGGCCACGACCCUCUCCCAGGACUCCGUGCGCUACGACACCUGCCAGAGCUGCAAGAGGGUGGCGCUGACCACCGGCUGCGUGUGCGUCAUUUUCUCCUUCCUGUCCAUGCUCGUGCUGCUCUUCAUGGGCCUGAUCUUCGUGCACAGCCACAGCAUCCCCCCCUCCCCGGCCGGACCCAUCUGCCUGUCAGUGGCCAGCAUCCUGGCCAUGUUCUCCGUGGUCGUCACGUGGCUCAUCUGCUGGCUCAAGUACAGACCCGAGCACGACGCGGGCCGCGCGUCCGCCACCAGUAACUCCCGGAGAAACGCCUGACGGCUUAGACUGGUGGAGGGGAUGAUGUAGAUAACAGCCCAGAGGUGACCCCCCCCCCCCCC